UCUUAUACAUCUAAACUGUAACAUAUAAGUUAAUUAGUGCUGUAAAAUAUUGUACUCAAAGUAUUGGCAUUAACCUGCAUUUACGACUGUAUCUUCCGGCUCAUUGUUUCUCAUUUACAUGUGUGUAAAAAAUAAGUUAAAAAUACCUCCUUCACUUUCUCACGUAAAGCAGUAAACAAAAUCAACACCCUCGUUAACGCCAACUCGUAUCCAAUUUGUGUACUUAAUCGUUAAGUAGCGUUUUUCUAACGGGACCACUGCAGCUGCACAACCUGGUAGAUAUCUCAGCCAAUAUGGUUGAAUGUGAUAUCUGCCUUGAGGACUACCAGGAGGGCGAUUUGGAGCUGCAUCGGGAGGUGUGCGUGGUACGGUUGAUGUUCCGAUGCUCGCUAUGCAACGGGGACUAUGUGAGCAAGGAAGGCCUGUGGAAUCAUCUGGACCUGCAUGAAAUUGCAGAUGAAAGCAAGGAACUGCACUAUCAGGAAAUAAAAGCAAAACACAAACUGCAUCAAUGUGUUUUGUGCAAUGACCAACGUGCUUAUUCGGAGAGUCCCUACUGGAAGCACGUUCAUGACGUUCACGAUGGCUUCUUUCUGCGGUGUUCUGAUUGUGGGGAAAACUUCCAAUCCGAAUCGCUUAAGAAUGAUCAUGACUUUCGUCAUUGUAAGGCCAGGGAUAAAACGGUAACUGCGGACUUUGAUGCCCUGAAAGAGGCACAAGUUCCUAUUAAAGUGGAAAAUAUGACUUCUGAUGCUGAUCAUUUGAAACGUGGAGAGCUGAGCAGUAAUGCAAAUGAAGAACUUCAUAAUCGAUUGAGUGAGCAUUCGCGUGUUAAUUUGAAUACGGACCACGAUGCGGACAAUAAUAUUGACAAGGAAUCCGGAUUGCCUACUUUUAAUUCGGAUAAAAGCAAGGAUUUGCGGUCAAAGUUUGCUUGUGAUAUUUGCGGAAUGAAAUUUUCUUCAAAAGGCUCAUUUCUUCGUCAUAAGAGGGCCAAAUACGCGUGUAUCGAAAGAAUGCAGCAAAAAUGUCCCUGUUGCCGGAGAGCAUUCCAGAUAAAAGAAUAUCAAGCUCACUUUGCAUUAUGUGAGAAGAAAAAAUUUUCAUGCACAUUAUGUCCAAUGAAGUUCCAUACUUCAGUGAGCCUUGCGAGACAUAACAGCUAUUAUCAUCGUCGUAAACGAGCUCCAAUGAACGAGAAGCAAGAUCAAAAUCAAGUUAAGAAUAUUAUGGACAAAACGAUAAAUUCGGCUGCUGUCUCCAGUUCGGAUUCAUCCUCUAGCUCGAAUGUUGUUGAAGGUACAGAUAUUAAUACGGCCAAGAAGAACAUCGUAGAUAAGACAUCAACAGGCACAAAGUGUUUUCACUGUGACAAAGAGUGUGCGAGAGCUAGUAUUUUACGUUAUCACAUGUUACAGUCUCAUCUGCCGGCCAUGUGUAAAGUUUGCGGCAUCACUUUUGAAGGCGCUAGAAGAGCCCGAUAUCAUAAGAUUAAGAAACACACGAAACCCAAGUACGAGUGUGCUAAAUGUUCGAAGACAUUUCACUUUGCAUACAAAUAUACGGCUCAUUUAAAUAUUUGUGAUGCAGUUCAGGGUGAGUGUUCGAUACUUAUCCUGAAAGACAGGAGUGACCCAAAAGUUACGGCAGAGAAUCCUUCGAGUGAAUCAUCCUGUGCCAAAUGUUCCCACUGUGGAUUAGAAGAGUCCAGUGCCGAUGCCCUAGUUCGUCACAUUCUAAUCCACCAUGAGCCAGUCGCAUGUGAUAUCUGUGGAAUUACUUUGCCCAGUCUUUUGCAGGCUCUGCAUCAUAAGAAAACGGGCCACAAGGAAUCGAAUCACAAAUGCCCAGAUUGUUCGCUGCAGUUAUCCGGCAGAGCGCGCUUUCAAAGACAUGUAACGAAAUGUGCGACUUUGAAAACUCUUUGCGAAUUUUGUGGUAAAAUGUUUAAAGAUGUAAAAGCUGUCGAAAAACAUAGGAGCGACUCGCGUCGUGCAUAUACAAAGAGCAAGGAGCAAGGGCAGACGAAUACCGAAACGAGCCUAUGCGAUGAAAAUGAUUCUUGUCCCGUAAUGGAGAAAAUGUCACCACCUCUAAUUGAAAACGGUUUAUCCAAAACAAAAUGUUACUACUGCAACGAAGAGUUUUCCAGUCGAGGGCAUUUAAUUUAUCACUUGCAAAUUGUUCAUGAGCUGACCAAAUGUGGUAUCUGCAAAAUAACUGUUCUCGGUAUAUUGGAAGUCAAAAGUCAUAAGGCAAAAACCCACAUGGAACCGAAAUACAAAUGCCUAACUUGUGGACAAAAAUUUCACCGCAAAAGACUAUACAAUGCACAUUGUUUUGCGUGUGAGCAGAAGAUGGAUUCAUGUAAAAUAUGUGGUUGCAAGUUGAAAUACUUCAGCUCACUCAAAGCACACAAUAAGCGAUGUCAUCCAGAGAAGAGCAGUUUGGAAAAUCUGCAGAUCGCCCAAGAUCAAAAACAAGUAAAUGGGAGUAGUGAACGGCAAGUCGUUGCAGAGAAAACGUCGCAGCCCCUUGUUUCAAAUCUAUCAAACCACCCAUAUACCUGCAACGAAUGUGGUAUUACUUUGGCCAACUAUAGCCAGUUCUUUUAUCAUAAGUUGACAAAACACACGGAAGGAAAGUUCCAAUGUCCUCAUUGUUCGAAGAAAUUUCACUUUAAAGAUAAGUUACAAACUCAUGCUUCAAGUUGUACACGUUUAAAAUAUCCAUGUGAAUUGUGUGGUCAAAAUUUUAAAGCCUUAAGCAGAUUAAAUACCCACAAGAAACGAGAUCAUCAUGGCGACAGACCUUUGAGGAAUGCGAAUAUCGAAGGCGCAAAUUACACUGAAGAUCAAAAGCAACGCAGUGUCGAGAAGAUAGAUGAGACGACUAUUUGCAUCAUUUGCAGAACGACGUUUGCCAGUACUGAUGAGCUAAUGGAACAUAAGCUAACCUGUCCUAAGCACGCAAAAGAGCACGAAGUUUCACAGUUUGGUGCACAGGAAAUAUCACUGCUCGGUGAUGUAAAGGAAGCUCGAACUGAUUCCACGAUUGUUCCGCAAGGUGAGACUAUUGAACUCAAACUGGACAUUAAAGUAGAGGAUACAAUGCUGCAAGAACAGGAAUAUCAAGUUCCAAAUAAUGACCCAGGCAGAUCAUUCGCCACAACAUUGGUAAGUGCUUGCCAGCUUAAAGUUUGCCAGUUUCACAUACAGCAUCCGCAGGGUGGUAAUUCGAAGGACGUUGGAGCUGAAGAUGCUGAAGGUCUUGAUAAUGGAAUCAAAAUCAAAGAAGAAUCCCUAGAAGAUGAAGAUGAAGUUCUAACUGAACAUCAGACUGCAUCGGAAUCUUCGGAAUGUCAUGAAAUUCCCAGCGAUCGGAACGAGUCCCUUGUGCGCCAUCAAGCUGCCGCAAAGUCCUAUCGGUGCUCAAUUUGUGAACUAUCCUUUGAUACAAUAAAUAAAAAGAGUUAUCACACGACCGUAUGUCAUUCAGAGCCACGAUAUAAAUGCUCUGUUUGUCGAAAGAUGUUUCAUUUCUCUAACUAUCUUCGUCGCCAUGAGAAAGGCUGCUCAGAACUGCGGUGCAACAAAUGUAAUAUCAAGUUUACUAAACGUAGUUCGUUACAUAAUCAUAAUAUUGAGAAGCAUCUGGAUGAUGGUAAUCGGAAGGAUGUCGAAGCAUCUUCUGAAGAUCUGGAGAAUAGUAAAACGGAAUCUGCGGAAUGUCACGGAGUUCCUAGCGAUCGAAACGAGUCCCUUGUACGUCAUGAAGUCAUGGAUGUCCAUUCAAAGCUAGCCAAGAGAAAAACCCAUUCAAAAGGCAAAAAGUAAUCUUCGGAUUGUACCGAACCCCGUAGAUCAAAGAAAAUAAGACUGACUAGACGUUUGUUACCUGAAACAUGUUUACUAAAUGCAUUUCAUGUUCUAUGUUCAUCCUCGGAUUCAUUUUGUCAUUUUGAAAUGCACAAAUUUGACAUAAGUGCGGAUUAAUUCGAGAUUUGGGGGCAAUUGCUUUUGUAAAUAAUGGCUUUGAUCACCGAAUUAUCGCGAACAAAGCUCGAUUUCGCAAAUAAAGUAUACCAACUUCUAGAAGAAUCUCUGCCGUACCUGAUAGUGUUGUUAUUUUGCUAGAUGGAACCAAUGACGAGUGAUGACCCUAUUUUAUCAACCCCGUUUUUGAAAGUCUAUUCCAAUGUUCUACGAAAUCCAUGUGCUUUUUCAGUGGUCUUAUUGCACCAAAGCAUACCUCCAUCGCCCAUCUUGAACAUGAAUGAGAAAGAUUUGGAAUUACGGUUAUGGGAAAUUAUUGAAAGAUAAAAGUCUCAUGCGCAAAGGGGCAGAUAAAGUCGGGUCAUAACUGUAUUGUAUUCGCGAGAAAUCGCUGA